UUCUUUGUCGUUCUUUGUUUCCAUCGGUCCUUUAGUAGCAAGCGAACACAUGUGAAACAGCGCCGUACACACGUGAAGAUUUGGGAUGUUGUAAAGUCUGCUUUUACUAUAUUUACUUUUCUGUAUUCUUACUUAGAUUUUUUUCGCUAUGGUAGAAGUAGACGAUGAUCCCCAGUUGGGGCUUGAAUCCGAGGAAGAUGAUGACGACGAAUUAUCAGACAGUGAGCUUCAAGACGCAUUUGCCAAGGGUUUGCUCAAACCGGGAUUGAAUAUUCCUCAGUAUGAGCCAAAGAAGGCCAUCAACAAUGUGGAGGGUCUGAAGAAAUGCCUUUCAGAACUGAAGAAGAACCUUCCAUGGGCUGAAAGGCUGGACCUUACGAACUACCCAGCAGCUGACAUUACUGGAAAAGUAGAGGCCAGAUUGGAACAAACAGAAGGCAAUGAAGACAUCAAUGCAGAAGAUGACUUUCAAAGGGAGAUGUUUUUCUAUCGCCAGGCCCAGGCAACUGUUUUAGAGGCCCUACCAAAGCUGAAGAAGUUACAGAUUCUCACCAAGAGACCAGAUGAUUAUUUUGCAGAGAUGGCCAAAUCAGAUCAGCACAUGCAGAAGAUCAGACAAAAGCUCAUUAUCAAGCAAACAGCCAUGGAAAAGUCUGAAAGAGCCAAGAAACUCAGAGAACAGCGAAAAUAUGGCAAAAAGGUUCAAGUUGAAGUCAUUCAGAAGAGGCAAAAACAGAAGAAAGCAAUGAUGACAGCAGUGAAGAAAUAUCAGAAAGGAAUGACAGAUAAACUUGACUUCCUGGAAGGAGAUCAGGAUCAGGGAAAGAAAGGAUCAACAGCAACCAAAGCACAUGUAAACAAAAAAGGUCCUAAUGCAAAGAGGAAAUACAAGGAUAAGAGGUUUGGCUUUGGGGGGAAAAAGAAGGGCAGCAAAUGGAACACCAAAGACAGCCACGAUGACGUAUCCGGAUUUAAAACCAAAGUGGCUCAUGGUAAAGGAGGGAAAAAAUUUGGCAAAGGAGGAAAGACAAAUAAACGGCCAGGGAAAGACACACGAAAGAAAAUGAAGUCACGCAAAUGAGCUGUAUCUUCUCAUCAAUACCUCUCAUUGAAAUGGAUUGUGUCAUUAAAGACUUCUUUUUUAUCUCUUAUUACCUGGAGCUCUGCGAUGUCUUGGUUCUGUGAUUUUCAUUCACCCCAAGCAGAAACCUUUAGAUUUUUUUGAAGGUCACCUCAGUGUUGACGGAGGGCAAAUAAUAUUAAACCAAAUGUAUAAUUCCUUCAAAAUGGUGCCACCGCUAUAAGAACCUGUUUUUAAAUUGGUCACAUUUUUUUUGUGCCAUAAACUAACAGCAUAGUAUACUUGUUUGUGCUUUUGUAGAGAUAAUGACAUGAUUGUAAAGAGAAAGUGCUGCAUUAAAUGAGUCAGCGAACUGUUUUCACAUUCGUGUUUACAUUUGUAGGUGAAAUAAAUGUAGUGCUUUUCAUUUGAACACAA